AUGAAGACUCGAUUUCGGAAUUUCCAAAUGAUUCAAUAAUAAAAUUUCUUCCAUACUUUAUCAACGUUUUUAUUGAUAGAAUAAGCUUUUGUCAAAUUGGAAGUAAUUUCUGGAGUUCUUGAAAAAUAGAUGAAAAAGAAAUGUCGAAAAACAUUAUAACAUUAACAACUUAGAGAUUCCAAUAAUUUUGAUCUAUAAGGAGAAGCUAAAAAAUACCAGGUUUAAUUUGUCAUUAAUUCUUCUGUGGAGGAAUUGAUUACAUAGCUUCAUCAAUUAUUACAACCAGGAAAUUAAGAGAUAUUGCUCUUUAUAUAUAAUGGUACGGUUCUGAAUUCAAAAAGGUAUCUCAAGGAUUAUAAUAUAAUAAAAGAUAGCACUUUAUAAAUUAUAAUUAAACUCAAGGAGGGAUAUGAUUGUAUUUAAAUACAUAUUGAUUAAGAUUGUAAAUUAAAUAAGGAAUAUAAAUUGAAAAUAACUAAAAUAUUAUAUAAAUAGCAAUUCAAAAGUCAAUUCCGUCCAAAAAUAUUUGAUCCAAUUUAUAUUACUAAAUAAAAAAAUAGAUAAAUUAUUUUAAUGGAUCUAAUUAGUAUAUUUUUAUUAUUGUAGCAAUAGAAACGUAAAGGAGGAUUCUUAGAAAAAUCAAAAUUAGAUCUAAAAAUGCAUAACUCAAUAUGA